AGCCACCCAAAAAGCACCAACAGCUCACAACACACCAAGACGAUGACUGCUCCGGCGUAGCUAUCUCCCUAAGCAACAAGAGACACAUCCAGCGCCAUGUCGCGCAACGUGCAUAACCUCUCUACGCGCGAACGCAUCAUCCGCUCCUUGUUUAGCGAACGCGCCGAGGAUGGCAGUCCACAGGAAAGCUACAUCACACAUGUGCGCAUCUACGAAGACCCUCAAAACCCAUCCGCGCCGCCCUCUGUGCCAACACCACUAGAAGAUCGCAAGGAACGAUACAUACUCCUGACCGUCAAGAAGAAUGGCCGUGUACGCUUGCACAAGUCGCGCCAGAAUGAUAAUGGGACGUUCCAGAUUGGGAAGACCUGGAACUUGGAUGAUGUCAAGCACUUUGAGAAUAUUGAUGAUCGCGGCAUGGUUGUCACGUUGCUCAAGCCAUACUACUGGCAGAUGGACACAAAGGAGGAGAAGCUUGGAUUUGUAUCCGCCGUCAUGCGCGUCUACAGGAAAUACACAGGUGGUCGCAUGUUCACCCUCGAAGGCUUCAGCGAGAACUUCCUCGCCAAUGCCGAGAGCACACUGUCGCCGGCACCGACAUCCAGUCAACCAGCAGGACGGACCGUGAGCGCGCAACCACACAGAGCACCGCCGCAACAACAACAACCUGGACAGGCGAAUGCGCCACGUCGUGUCAGCGAUAUGGGAGGGGUGGAAUUGAGACGCCCUGCCCCAGGACAAACACAGCAACGUAUCCCAGGAACACCGGAAAUGCCCGGCAUGCCUGCCGCGCCCCCGGCAAGGUCACCGUUCCGUCGCCCAAGUGAAAACACGCCUAUGAGUGGUGUGCCUGCUACGCCAAGUAGUGCUUAUGAAGUGCCUAGACGGGCUGGCUCUACGCUCAUGUCGCCGCCCAUCCAGCCUGAUUAUCCACGACAGCAACAGCAACAACGUCCCUUGAGCAUCGAAACAGAUUUGCGCUCGCCACCCAUCAUCUCCAAUCAGCGACAAGUAUCGAGUCCACUAGGCGGGGCACCCAGAUCUGUGACUGGAUUACAAAAAAGUGAUAUGCCACCGCCGCUACGAAAGGCAUCGACUGGAUCUGCACAACUUGCGUCCCCAUUACCGAGUAAAUCACCAGCCCGACGACCCUCAGCUGCAUUACGCACUACAUCCAUGGAACAAGCUAGAUCAGCGUAUACGGGUGAUCGCUAUAGUCAAGGAGAUGCGCAUUCGCUCCUUGGACGCGAGACGCCCCCACCAGUACCGCUAUUGCCGAGCAAAUCUGUAGCACGUUCGGGAGCGAGCUCGCCGGCAAUUUCAAUGCAGACGCGAGAUGAGAAACGCGAAUUGCCGUGGGACGCGAGCGGUCAGAAUACGCCAAGAGAGGAGAAGAAUUUGGUUGGCUUGGGUCUUGAGCGACCUGGGAGUGCAGUCUCUCAGUCACCAAGUUAUAGCACAACGACGAGCGCAGCGACUCUCACGGCUGGAGCAAGUCUGAACAAAGCAACAGGUCGGUUGACACCUUUCGGACUGUCGCAAGACAGGCAACAUGCUGAAUCUUUGGAUGUGUACCCCGAUGACCCAGAGACGGCGUUUAUCGACGAACUCCUACGCGGAUUUCAGUGGAAUUCGUCCGACGGCACAGCGCCGCUUGAACGACGGUUGGAGGAUGAGCUGGCUGCAAUGGAAAAUACCAAUGUUUUGACAAUGGUCCAGCAAGAUGAUCGCGUGACCGAUCUCAUGGGACGUCUCGAUCAAGCUAUCAGCCAGUGUGAUGAGAUGGCAAACAUGCUGACCAUUUAUGAAUUCGAGCUUGGUAGUGCCGCAGACCACAUCCGCCAUAUCGAAGGGCAGAGCGCUGGUCUGCAAAUUGAGACGGCAAAUCAAAAGGCACUUAUUGCAGAGAUUGACAAUGUGCUGUCUAGCAUCACCAUCUCCUCAGACAACCUCGACAGCUUGGGUUCUGCGAGGUUAGAUGACAAGCAAGAUAUCACAAAGUUGGAGAAGAGUCUGGCGAAUCUAUUCCGUGCGCUCAAGGCCAUGAACGGUGAGCAGCGCAACGGACGUGGCAUGUCGGCACUGCAAAGCAAGGAAACAGAGUAUGACGCCAAGAGCAAGCAAUUCGUGCUGCGCCUGUGCAAGUAUCUACAAAUCAAAUUUCCCGCAGCCAUGAUGGGCGACAAGCGCCGUAAGCUGGGACCCGGGGAGGCACCUCCUAGAUUAUUACCUGGCCACGAAGCUGGCUAUGAGGCUCUAUUCACGUAUGCAGGCUUUAUGCUGUAUGCGCGUGAAAUUGAUGUGCCGCGGUACAGAGAAAUCAUCAGCAACUACAGUCGCGCUGCAAAAGAUGCAUGGAAAGAGACGGUGGUGGAAUUCGCUCUUGGUUGGAAAGCGCUGGCGCGUCGUGCGACUGCCGAAGAGAUGGAUAUGCUCUUUACCUCGGCUAGAGAGCAAUUGUCGCAAUUUGGCAGCAUGAGUAGAGCUGCUACGCUAAAGAGAAGCAAUACCUUGGCCAAGCAGAUUCGCGGUCAAUCCGGACCUAAGCAGCAACCUGCACCGCCAGCUCAAGACAGACAGGAGGGUAAGUUGCCUGCUGCUGAAGUAUUCACCAUUGUGCUCGACAACCUCGCACUCAUUUUGUCAACGGAGCAAAACUUUUUGGUAGACUUUUUCCAUCUGACAUCGGUUGAGACGAUUGAAUUCCCCGAUUAUGUCGGCUUGGGUAUCAAACAAGAGCUCACCGUUGCGCGUUUGGAAGAUCACAAGCAGAUGGAGCCAGAUAGGCAGCUGGCAAAGCAGCGGUUCGACACCAUGGACAAUAUUUUCAGCUGGCUUCAGGCCGAAGUGCUUGCUCUCGCUGAGCAGCUCACAAAGCAGGAUGCCAUCCAAGUGGUCGGCAUGCUCAAGGCUGUUGAAGUGAUUUCAAUGGAAUGGCGCGGCUCUGACCAAGAGUACAUGCUGCGACUGCUUGAAAAAGUCUUCGAUCGUUUGGCAAAGGCACUCAAUGAUUUUAUGGAGGCACAAAUCAGGGCAAUCAUCAGCUUCAAGCUCACCUCCAAGAAGCGUUCUGGUGUCAUUCCGGUCUUUGAGAUCUUUCCCGAUUUCGUCGAGCGCAUUGAAGAGCAGCUGUAUAUUGAUGACAGUGUCACGCUCAAGCAGGAUGACUUUGCCGUCCGUGGUCUCGUCAAUCAAGCUUAUGAGCGCAUUUCCAAGGCCAUGUUUGAAUCAGUGCGCACUUUAGCCUCUUCAGUCUCGAGCACUGGAGCUUCCAACACGACGAGUGGCGGCGGCACCAUCAGCGCCAUGACAGGAUUCGGUGACUCGAGUGAGGACAAGGAACUACUCAACUAUCACAUCCUCAUGCUGGAAAACAUGCAUCUCUUCAUGCAAACGCUGCGGAUAGGUUCGAAGCAGGUACCCUCACUCGAACGAUUCCAAGGCGAAGCGAGCCGUCAUUUCAAUGAACACCUCGAAGCUUACACGCGAAGUAUUGUGGCGCGCCCGCUUGGACGUGUCGCUGACUUUUGCGAUAAUGUGGAGCGUCAAGCGGCCAAAUCGGCCGAUUUUAGUAAAAAGGCAAGCUUGAGUCCUGCAACCGCAAAGCGACUUGUCGUGGAGUUGGAUGAGCGCGAGAUGAAGCGAGCUAUAUCGGCCCUUGCGAAACGUGUUGAGAAGCACUUUUCUGGUGGCGAGAGCGCUGCUGAUAAGGAAGAGGAGUUGUUGGCGCUUGUAUGGCGGGAGUCUGGCGUCGUCUUUGUUAAGACUUGGGAUCGCUUUGAGCAGGUCCUCGGGAAGUGGUACCCUCAGCUGCUGGUAUCGGGUGAAUGUCGACCGGUUGGCAAGUCCUACAUUCAGUCGUGCUUCGCCAAGCGUGAUCCAAAUAGUGCAUGAGCUAAAGUUGUGUAAAAUAAUGCACUCCACUAUGUGAGAUAACUGGCUUAUAUCGAAUAUUGUCAUAACUAAGGACUACUGCUGGUAAUCCAUGUGCUUUGCUACCUCUUUGCUUGUGAUGCCACUUCCUCCAUAAUUCGCGAUACGCGUCCAGCGCGACCGCCUGUCUUGUGAGGUUGUACAGAUGACACCAAAAUU